AUGGUGCUAGAAGAUCUUAGAGUGACAUCAUCUUACAUGAAGUGCUAUCGUGCUAAGGAAAAAGCGAUUGUUGCUGAUUUGGAGACUGAGGUUGAUGAUGAUGGAGAUGAGCGAUUUCUUUAUUUGUUCCUAGCCUUUGGGGCGUCAAUUGCUGGCUUCAAACAUCUACGUCGUGUGCUUGUGAUAGAUGGUACACACCUAGGAGGCAAGUACAAGGGAGUGUUGCUUACUGCUAGCGGUCAGGAUGCAAAUUUCCAAAUCUUCCCAUUGGCUUUUGCUGUUGUGGACAGUGAAGACACUGACGCUUGGAUGUGGUUCCUCCAGAAGGUUGAACGGAUAUUAGCUGAUUCUCCAACCCUGGCUAUUAUAUCUGAUUGUGCUACAUCCAUCUCCAAUGCUGUUAAAUGUGUAUACCCAUUAGCUCAACAUGGUGCUUGCAUUGUUCAUUUGGCAAGGAACGUAAACUCCCGCUACUCAAGCAAACACUUGGCGAAAAUGGUGACUGAAGCUGCAACUGCUUACAGGAUAAGGGAUUACAGGGAUAAGUUCAGUAAAGUUCGAGCUACUAACAGUGCAUGCGGUGUUUACUUGGGGAAGAUAGGGUUUGGUCAUUGGUCAAGGGCUAACUUUCGGGGGGAGCGUUACAAUAUUAUGACUAGUAACAUAGCUGAACAACUCAACAACGCUUUGGUGGAAGGAAGAUCUUCACCCAUUAUGGAAUUGGUAAUCUUCAUUCAAAGGAUGAUGACGAGGUGGUUCUCUGCGAGGAGAAAGAAAGCAGAGAAGCAUAGGGGAGUAGUAAGCGUUGAGGUUGAUAAAGAGAUGACUAAGAACAUGGCAACAAUGAAGGGUAGCAAAUUUGGGAGUAAGGAACGUGUGAUGCUAGCUGAAAAGAAAUGUGAUUGCAAGUAUUUUGAUAGGAUACAAAUAACUUGUGGUCAUGCUAUGAUUGCUGCAGACAGCUUGGGAUUGACAUAUGAACCAUUGGUGGGUCACUGGUACAAGACUACAACGUGGAGAGAGACAUAUGCUGGUUUAAUCAGUCCAGAAGGGGAUCCAAAGGAUGUGGAUGUUCCUGAAGACGUAAAGGAAGGUUGUGAUGCCGCCGUUAACCUCAAGGCCGCCAGGUCGCCGUAG